UAUCUACUACUUUUUUUUCCGUCGUUAUCCCGAAAGCAAAAACCUCCACGUUUUACUAUUUUAUUAUCUUUCCAUACAUACAAACUGCUCAAAACCAAGUAGAAGAACAACUGAAAAACCCACCAACUUAAGUAGUUCAAAUUGGAGAGGAGAGAAAAACUCAAGGAAAUGGAAGGAUUCAAAGUAGACAAAUGGGGUUAUCAAGUGAAUACAAGUUCUGAUUCUUGCAUUUCUGCUAUCAAUUCUUAUUAUCAUCAGGUACUUAGCUAUGGAAGAGAGAGGUCAGUUAUAUUGGAAGCUCCUAAACAUGACCCAACUUGUGUUUUGGCAAAUAUUUUGGCUGCUCAUCUCCUUUGCUCUGCUAAUUCUUCCCGUGCUAUGCCUCUUCUUGAAGCUGCCAAGUCUCGUCUCGAACAAGCUAGCUCAUUUGAGAAAGUGGUUUUUGAGGCGAUCAGUUAUUUGAUUUUACCUAAUAGAGAUGAUGAUGUGGCUGUUGAACUACACUUGAAGCUGCUUAAGGAUUUCCCAAGAGACCUGGUCUCUCUCAAGAGGGCUCAAGUGCUAUGUUUCUACAUGGGUCGGGCUGAUUUGUCUCUGAAACUUGUUGAACAGGUUCUUCUAGUAAAUAAAGAUGAAAGUUAUAUCUAUGGUAUGCUCGCAUUCCCCCUGUUAGAGCUUGGUCGAUAUGCAGAUGCAGAAGCAGCUGCAAAGAGAGGCUUUGAGAUUGAUAGAGAAGAUGCCUGGACACAUCAUGCUCUCUGUCAUGUUUAUCAGUAUGAGUGUCGUUUUAAAGAAGCAGUACAAUUUAUGGAGGAGUGCUCAAAAACCUGGAGUUCUUUGUCAUCUUUUAUGUAUACACACAAUUGGUGGCACGUUGCGCUGUGUUAUAUGGAAGGUCAUUCUCCCAUGGAAAAAGUAAGAGAUGUUUAUGAUCAAAACAUCUGGAAAGAGUUGGAAAGAUUUGAUGCCAGUCCUGCGGAAGUGUACUUGAAUGCUGUUGGUUUGUUACUCCGGGUAUAUCUACGAGGUGGUAUUAAUGUAUUUGGGGACCGUUUGAAGAUCCUAGCUGAUUGUCUGACAGAUAAAGCUUUCUGGUACCUUGAAUGGCACCUGGAUGUAUUGUUGUUAUGGGCACUAUCCUGUACAGGUGAAGUUUCUAAAGCAGAAGAGUUACUCGAGGGUUUGAAAUCCAGAAUUUCUACCAUGACCAAGAAAAAACGAGAGUAUAUGCAUCGUGCUAUGCUGCUUGCAGAAGCGCUAUUUGAAUAUGGUAAGGGUGAAAAUGAACGAGCGUUGGAAUUGCUCGGACAGACAUUUGAUGCCAUUGACUUCAAGAUUAUUGGAGCGUCAGACGAACAGCUUGACGUUUUCAAUGAAGUAUGGAUCACUAUGUUGCUAAACAGUGGUCAGGCUACUAAAGCUAUUCAGGCCAUAGAGAAGCAGCUAAAGAAGAGGGAAGGAACCCCGUUCUUGUGGCGCCUCCUGGAAAAAGGUUAUUCAAUGUCAAGAAAGCAAGAAGCCAUAGAUGCAGGCAAAAGAGCUCAGGCAUUGGAAGCUGCAUACUUCAAUUAAUCUUUGGCAUAGGAUGAUAACUAAUAUCCUAAAUAAAUACUUAUCCACAUCUUAAUAUUAGUGUUUGUGUUGUACUAAAAUAUAAGUUUCUCCAUGUUGUAUCUUAUAAGCAGUGUGCCCCGUGCCAAUUCUGUCGUUGGUGGUGGCCGGAGACUCGUGUAAAGAGAAUAAGAUGAAAACUUGGAAAUGUUAAAUAAUCUCUUUUUCAUAA